AUGUCCGGCUCCGGGCGAAAAGACUUCGAUGUGAAGCACAUCCUGCGACUCCGCUGGAAACUCUUCAGCCAUCCCUCGCCAGCCUCCGGUGGUAACCCAGCGGGGGGCAGCUGCCUGCCGCCGGACAGUGGAGGCAGCUUUGAGCACUGGGGACCUAGCCAGAGUCGGCUGCUAAAAAGCCAGGAAAAAGGCAGUUUGAGCGCUUUCUGGAAGAAACCUUCUUCGUCCUCUUCCUCAUCAUCCUCAUCGUCCUCUUCAUCCUCUCCCUUUAAUCCGCUGAAUGGCACCUUGCUACCAGUUGCCACGAGGCUGCAGCAAGGAGCUCCGGGGCAGGGCACCCAGCAGCCCGCCAGGACUCUUUUCUACGUGGAGUCCCUAGAGGAGGAGGUGGUGACGGGCAUGGACUUUGCUGGACCACAGGACAAAGGAUUGGCCCUGAAAGAGCUUCAAGCGGAGCCUGCCAGCUCCAUCCAGGCAACAGGUGAAGGAUGUGGACACAGGUUGACAGCGACCAAUCAUUCACUGACACCUCAAAGUGAUUUGGAUUCCAGUAGCUCUGAAGAAUUCUAUCAAGCUGUUCAUCACGCUGAGCAAUCAUUUAGAAAGAUGGAGAAUUAUUUAAAGCAACAACAGCUCUGUGAUGUCAUCCUAAUUGUUGGGAAUCGAAAAAUACCUGCUCAUAGGCUUGUUCUGAGUUCUGUCUCUGACUAUUUUGCUGCCAUGUUUACAAGUGAUGUUUGUGAAGCCAAGCAAGAGGAGAUCAAGAUGGAAGGCAUAGACCCAAAUGCACUCUGGGAUCUUGUGCAAUUUGCAUAUACAGGUUGCUUGGAACUAAAAGAAGAUACUAUUGAAAACCUGCUUGCAGCUGCAUGCCUUCUUCAGCUUCCUCAAGUAGUAGAAGUAUGUUGUCACUUCCUCAUGAAACUUCUGCAUCCAUCAAACUGUCUGGGAAUCCGAGCAUUUGCAGAUGCUCAAGGAUGCAUUGAAUUAAUGAAAGUGGCCCACAGCUACACCAUGGAAAACAUAAUGGAAGUAAUCAGAAAUCAAGAGUUUUUGCUCCUUCCAGCUGAAGAGCUUCAUAAACUCCUGGCUAGUGAUGAUGUAAAUGUUCCUGAUGAAGAGACCAUCUUCCAUGCAUUAAUGAUGUGGGUCAAGUAUGACACUCAGCGGAGAUGCAGCGACCUAAGUAUGCUCCUUGCCUUCAUAAGACUACCACUGCUUCCACCACAGAUACUUGCUGACCUUGAAAACCAUGCACUGUUUAAGAAUGACUUGGAAUGCCAAAAGCUGAUUCUGGAAGCAAUGAAAUACCAUCUAUUGCCAGAAAGAAGAACUUUAAUGCAAAGCCCGAGAACUAAGCCCAGAAAAUCUACAGUUGGAACUCUAUAUGCAGUGGGGGGAAUGGACAAUAACAAAGGAGCUACCACUAUAGAGAAGUAUGACCUCAGAACGAAUCUCUGGAUCCAGGCAGGAAUGAUGAAUGGCAGGAGGCUUCAGUUUGGUGUGGCUGUUAUUGAUGACAAGCUCUUUGUAAUUGGAGGUCGAGAUGGUUUAAAGACACUUAACACUGUUGAAUGUUAUAACCCCAAAACCAAGACCUGGACUGUCUUACCACCGAUGGCAACACAUAGGCAUGGUCUAGGAGUAACUGUGCUUGAAGGUCCAAUUUAUGCGGUGGGAGGUCAUGAUGGCUGGAGCUAUCUAAACACGGUGGAGAGAUGGGAUCCGCAGAGUCAGCAGUGGACCUAUGUAGCCAGUAUGUCAAUUGCUCGGAGCACUGUUGGAGUAGCAGCACUGAAUGGCAAGUUGUAUUCUGUUGGGGGUCGAGAUGGAAGUUCUUGUUUGAGUUCAAUGGAGUAUUAUGAUCCUCAUACAAACAAGUGGAGCAUGUGUGCACCGAUGUGUAAGAGGAGAGGCGGUGUUGGCGUGGCUACCUGCGAUGGUUUCCUCUAUGCAGUGGGUGGUCAUGAUGCUCCUGCUUCAAACCACUGUUCCCGGCUCCUGGACUAUGUGGAACGGUAUGAUCCAAAAACAGACACAUGGACUAUGGUGGCUCCCCUGAGCAUGCCUAGAGAUGCUGUUGGUGUCUGUCUCCUUGGAGACAGACUAUAUGCUGUUGGUGGCUAUGAUGGGCAAACAUACCUCAACACCAUGGAAUCCUAUGAUCCACAAACUAAUGAGUGGACACAGAUGGCUUCCUUGAAUAUCGGCAGAGCAGGUGCCUGUGUGGUUGUCAUCAAGCAACCUUGA